AAGUCAUUUCAUACAGUUAUCUCCGUAAUGUGUAUAAAGUCUGUGUAUUGGAUAAAUUUCUUGUAAUAUCGUGGAGCACAUCGAGCAAUUGAGAUGCAAACUAUACAUUUACAUUCGUCUGCAGUAAAAUUUUUAUGUGUCGAUUUUGUAUGUGAUAUUGGUUUUUCAGACAAAGUUUUAAUAAAUUAAAAUUAAAUAAUCUUAAUAAACUUCUAAAAACAAGGAAAAGGAACAUAAUCAUGUCGAAGAUAAAAGUGCUGGACGGUGGUUUUUCUACACAAUUGUCCACCCACAUAGGUGAAAAAAUUAACGGUGAUCCUCUGUGGACUGCGCGUUUCCUCAUAACGAAACCGAAGGCCGUCUUCGCUACUCACUUGGAUUUUUUGCGUGCUGGUGCCGAUAUCAUAGAGACAAAUACAUAUCAAGCAACUAUCGACGGUUUUGUAAAACAUCUCGGUAUCACCGAGGAAGAAAGUCUCGAGAUCAUCCGUAAAGCUGUUGAUUACGCUAAAGAAGCCGUGAACGCGUAUAGUAAAGAAAUAGAGAAUGAUAAAAACGUGAGCAAUCGAAAGCCACUAAUCGCUGGAUCUUGCGGUCCUUACGGCGCUUGCUUGCACGAUGGUUCAGAGUAUACCGGUUCGUAUUGUAUCAACGUAUCGCGAGAAUUUUUGAUCAACUGGCAUAGACCUCGCAUACGCGCAUUGUUGGAGAAAGGUGUUGAUCUAUUGGCAAUAGAAACGAUACCUUGUGUCCGCGAGGCGGAGGCUAUAAUCGAUCUACUCAAAGAAUUUCCAAAUACGCAGGCAUGGUUGUCAUUCUCCUGUAGAGAUGACGGAAAAAGCUUAGCAGACGGUAACAAUUUCCAAGAGCUUGCCGUAAGAUGUUACAAAAAUGCGCUACCUGGACAAAUAUUAGCUAUCGGUGUUAAUUGUAUUGCUCCACAAUGUGUCACUACUCUCCUGCAAGGUAUCAACAAAAACAAGUUAAACGAUCUCAUACCAUUGGUGGUAUAUCCUAACAGCGGAGAAAAAUAUACAGUAUCUGAAGGAUGGCAGAAAGAUGGAGAAACUCGCCCUUUGUACGAGUUCAUCGACGAAUGGCUGGAUCUUGGUGUUCGUUAUAUCGGAGGAUGUUGUAGAACAUACGCUAAGGACAUCAAACGAAUAAGAUCUAGAGUGGACCAACGUCAGACAUAGACAUAUAUAUAAUAGAGAAGAAAACAGUAUGAGAAGAAUAAUUAUAAAUUUGGAUCUAUUUCAUCAGUAAUUCUGAUGGAAUACGGCAC